AUGAAUGAAUCUAGGCAGCAGUCACUGUUCUUCAUGACACUCCCAGAUAUGCACAAACUCUGUGCUGUCCAGAUAAUAUUGGGUGGCAGGAUGGCAGAUACUGAGAUUAGGAGUAUACAAAUGAAGAUGUGCAGGCAAUUACUGUUUUUGCAUGAAGAUAUUCUUACAUCACCUGUGCCUGGAAUACAAAACCAAAUUUGGGUGGUGAUGGCGAUACCAUUUUUAAAAACUGGGAAACUUAAUGCCUAUAUUGAAAAUUAUGGAGCUAAGAUGGAGGCUCCACAAAGAGUUAGUCCUGCAAUCCUUCAAAACUGCCUUUCAUAUUCAUUCACGGCUAGACUUGCACCAGCCUGGAAUAGAACUGGUCAUCUCUUGGUACAAGGAAGGGAUUUUCUUUCUCAAAUGGGAAAGCAAAAUGCUGUUGUAUUAGACAUCAAUGUAACAGAAACUCAAGUUUGUCUAAGUAUAGAAGUUUUCACCAUCAGACUGCCACCACCUGAGCUAAAGGAGUUUGAUAUUUCUCAGAGUAUCAUAGAGAAUUUUCAUUCUAACAAGAAUGCUGUCAUUGAGAGACAUUCCAUUUUGAACAACUGGUGCUACAUUUUGCCAAGUAUGAAAAUGGGACAAAUAAUAAAUAUUCUUCAUGUCUCACCCCCUGACUGUCCAUUUCACUCAUUUGAAGAUUUCCAGAUGCACUGGAAUGACCUGUAUGGCUAUAAACUUCCAGAAGAGUGUGAAAAUGUUAAAAUAUAUUGCAACAUCUACUUCAAAAUGAUCGGAGAAAGAACCUUCACAUACCCUCUCAGUUGCAUAAGAAGUCAACCUAUACAGUUCUUUCCAAGGGUAGACUUGGAAGAAGUAUUGAAAAGUUUUCUUUCAGAUUUAAAGUCUAAACUGCCCCAGAUAUGUGGAUUUCCUAUAAAGAUGACAAAUAAACCAUGCUACUGCACACAAGAAUUAACCAAACCCCUUAUCCAGGAAAACAAAGUCAAACCGCCCAAUUUGACUACUAAAAAACGGUUCAGGGCUUCUCUGACUCAAGCCUCUUCCUUAAAACCUGCCCAGGCUCCCAGUCUUCCACCGUGUUCGGUAGCCGCAGACCACAAGGUGGAGCUUUCCUUCAGCCAGCCACAGUGUGGCCCUUCGUCAGCGCUGCGUGGCCAGCCAGAGUCUGCGCAGGGCAGAAAGCCAUCCUUUCCUCACAAGGUCCCACAACUAUGUUUGAAAGAGUCAAAACUCAACAGAGGAGACACUCAAGUUCAGCAAACAAGUCUUAGCUCCCAAAGUAACAUCACCCCUAAAUUCAUACCAAUUUUCAAAAGUAAAAUGUUACAGACAAACAAAAAUAUCUCAGCACUUGGCAAACCGAAAAUGAAACAGCAUGUUUUUACAGAAUCUAAAUUGUUUUCACUUAAAACUAGUAUAAUUGAGGAUGACAAACUAAAUUUAGGUCCAACUGUUAAAAAGAAACCUAAUAGUAACAUUCAGAUAUAUGCUAGAAAUUUAAAUCAGAAGAGCUCCAGAUCUCUGCAAGAAAUAAAUACUGAGCCCUAUGAAAACAUGACAAAAUAUCCCUCUUCUAAAGGAAAAUCAAAUGAAAGCAAACAACUGACUAAUAGUGAGGUGAUGAUAAAAAACUCUGUUAACUUUUGGGAAAAAGAAAAUUUAACAAGUAAAUGUAUAACACAAAUUUUAGGGAAAAGCUACAAGUUACUAAAACUGGAAAGACAGCCACACAUUUUUGAAUCAGACAUAGAAACUAAAGAUCCCCAACUACAGCAAAAAUCAGCAAAUGAAAUUACAGAAGUCAAUGUAAGUGACUGCAGGUCGAUAGUAGGCAGAACAGCCCACAGGUCUAAAAGAAAAUUAUGUCUGAAGCCUUCAGACACCUCCAAGAAGCAUCGUUCCAGUCCUGCUCAUUGUGGGCAAUCCAGUUCUUCUAGGAACCAGACCGGGAAGCGGAGGCACAGCACAGCAGUGGUGACGGUGACCUGCGUCCCCUGUGCCCUCUACGCCUGGCUGUACGCCUCAGACCCCUGCAGGUCUAGGAGCACCAGAGCCUGCUUCACAGGCCAAAGCCGAGACCGCAGGAGUCUGCGUUGCCUCCAGGUUAACCUCCAGCCAGCAGAAGCCUUCGCCGACCUGGCCUCCAGGCCGGCUGUCCCCGGACCUGUCCAUGCGCGUGUCUACCUGAGCCCAAGCCCAGGACAGCAGUGA